AAACUAGUCAGGUAACCAGAAACCGCUGCUUCUGUCGAAGUGUAAGAAACGUCUGAAGUGCGUCGAGGUGGAGGGAGAGGAACAAAGUUUGCAAGAGGAUAUUUGAAACUCAUUUCUUUUACUUUAUGUCAUAACUGCGUUUUUUAUGUUGCUUUGCAGCAGUUUCGAUAUAAACGGUUUUAAACGCUGAAUUGAAGCCAUAAAAACGCGUCCAUUUCGUUUGGCGAAGCUCCUCAGGUGUUUGUUCUUCCAGCUGAAGACGCGCUGAAGCUGAUUUCAUCCACUCGACGGAGACAGUCGAUGCAAACUCCUGACCAGUUGAACUAUAUUAGUUCUGCUUUCCGUUAACUUUUAAUAUAAGCACUUCUUACCUGUUCAGAAGGACAUACGGGCCAGUGCGUCAGGUCCAGGAUGGAAGCGGAGACGUACCAGCAGCGACUGAAGGCUAUAGCGGAGAAACGGCGGAUCCAGGACGAACAAGAGCGAGCCAAGAGAGAGAUUGAGGAUGAGAGACUGAGAUUUCAGCAGCUGAAGAGGAAGUCCCUCAGAGACCAGUGGCUGAUGGAAGGGCCUCCUGCAUCUCCUGACAGCACGGGACCCCGAUCGCCCCUCUGGAGCCCUAAGGUUCAGGACAUUAACAAAUUACAAGAGACAUCUGAGCAGUUGGCAGAGGAGGAAUCCAAACUGAAGAAACUCACUGAAGACGGCUCCAAUCAAACUGGCACAGACGAUCAGACACAACGUAAGGGAGAGGCCGAGGUGGAGCCAGCGGGAGCAGCAGUUGCUGAGACGGCCCCUAACGGACCAAUCGUGGAGAACGGAAAAGAAGAAAAGAAAGAUGAUUCUGUGCAUGCUGAAAAUCACAAGGCAGAUGAAGCAGGAACGCUGCGUGAUCUUACAACAGAAACUGAUGCCACAACAACUUCAGCUGCUCUUAACGGAAACGUGGAAGGAGAAACAUCACACAAUACUCCAGGAGAGGAAGAACAUGCUUCUGCUAACGGAUUCAACAGCCACCCUGCUGAAGGACUAGGUGCUGGUGGUGUAACUAUGACCUUCCUCGGCUUCAAGGAGGUAGAGCUCGGGCAGGGGGUGGAUGAGGAUGAUGACUGCGGAGCAAUUAUUAGAGCAGAAAGAAUCAUCAUCACAGACAAAGGGGAAGACGUCCCAGAGGAGGAUGAUGAAACUGCUCAAGAGUCUUCUAUAGAGGCUACAAAUGAAGACACAUCUGGAAACUCCAAAGAAAAUGGUGCUGAGGAAAAGACGGAGAACCACCCGGAAGCUUCUGCUGAACCUGAGCGGGCAGAAGUGAUUGAAGAUCCUCCUGCUGAGAUAGUUACAGAUGUAGCAGUGGAAGGCGAGACCAAAGAUCUUGAGCAAGAGGAGACAGAUCUUCCUGAAUCGACUGAUACGCACUCCCAGAAUGUGACAGUCGAUGGCGCUAUUGAGGCAUCCCAUGAUCCAGUGUAUUCCACAACACAACCAUCUCCAAAAAUCAGACCAAAAGUCGAAGCAAACACAGCAGAGUCACAAACCCCAAAAGACGAGGAGGUCACGUCUGCCAUGCGCAUCUCGCUCAGCCAAUUUCAGGAGGUUCCCCUGGAUGGCGCCGGAGAAACGGCGGAGUCAAACGCCAAGGCAGAACCGGAGAAACAGCGCGCUGAACAAGAGCCUCUGCUCGUCUCUAAAGCAGCAGCUCAGCUGGACACCAGCGCCCCAAAUCGAGCAGAGGACACAAGUGCACCAAAACAAAAAGCCUGCCAAUGCUGUUCGAUCAUGUGAACAAUCGGUUGACACUUUUUAUUCUCCAUUCAUUUUCAUCUUGUCUGUUACUCUGAAUGCAGAGUUUGUAUUUCAUGACAUUCAUAUUUUGAUCUUCGGCUUUUCACAUCUACAGCGUCAAAGCACAAAGUGUUUAUUAUGAACCGAAGCCUUUAAGUCUUGCAUUGCCUUCACUAUACUAAAUUCCCGUAACUCUUUUCUGUGUAAGAAGAAGAUUUAAAAGGCACAUUGACUUGGAGGAAAGGACUGGAAAAGGCUUCAGUGUGAAUGUUGUUGUUGAUGUGUCACCAUUUGCUUGCAUUCCCAGCCUCUGGCGUCUGAUUAUGAUCCUGUUUUUAUGUCUGGCCUUGACGGUUUUAACACUACCAUAUAAAAAUAUUUUGUUUUUCUCAGUACUGUGGGAAUGAACCCACGUGGGUAAUUACUCAUACUCAUCCUGCAAUAGUUGUAGCAUUCUCUAUUAUAAACCAUUUGUGUGCCUUGUUUAUGCAUCAAAACAGAGAUGGAAUGGUUACUUGCGAUUUUAUAACAUCUUUUCUUUUUGCUGUUAUUGUUACAGUGCCUUCAACUGCUCGGUGGAAGUGUUUUUAGACCUGAAAGUAUAGUUAUGCUGAAUGGAAAAUGUUUCAUGUUGUUGCAAAGAAAGUUUUUCUUCUGCAGAACACACAAGGUAUUUUAAAUAGUGUUUUAACUGGGUCCUUUUUUUUUUUUUUUUAGAUGAACUAUCCCUUUAAUGUGACCCUAUUAACAGUAAUUGAUAUACUUUUGACCAGUAUACAGUAAA